UACCUCGCCGGAAGACCAGAGAUGAUGCGAAGAGGGGAAUGGGAAGGAAGAAGCUAUAGAGGAUCUUCUGGAGAGAAAUCAGGCAAUGUGUUCAGUGGAUUUGCAGAUGAAUUUUUAGAAGAAGCUUUCCAAGUAGAUAGUGGAUUGGUUAGGAAAUUGAAGGGAGAAGACGACGAGAGGGAUAGAAUCGUGCUUGCCGAAGAAGAUUUCGAUGUGCUUAUGCCGGAGAGAGACGAUCAAGAAAGAUCAAGAGGAAGAUACGUGGAAUCAGAAACAGAAAAUGGCUUCGAAGAAACCGUAUGCACACUCCGAUUGAAGCAUAGCAUUGGCCGAUCUGAACACGCCGAUGUGUUCAACACACGUGGCGGUCGCAUCUCCACCGCCAACUUCAAUAACCUCCCCUUCCUCCGCCAAGUCCGCCUCAGCGCCGAACGAGGAGUCCUCUACAACAAAGCGAUAUCUGCACCGCACUACACAGUGAACGCUCAUACAUUGGCGUACGCUACGAGAGGUAGCGCAAGAGUGCAAGUGGUGGACAACUACGGUCAGUCGGUGUUUGACGGGGAGGUCCGGGAAGGACAGGUAGUGAUGAUUCCUCAGAACUUCGUGGUGAUGACAAAAGCAGGCGAUAGAGGAUUCGAGUGGAUUGCAUUCAAGACAAACGACAACGCAAUCACGAACUUGCUGGCGGGAAGAGUUUCGCAGAUGAGAUUGCUUCCGUUGGGAGUUGUGUCGAACAUGUACAAAAUUUCAAGGGAGGAGGCGCAGCGGCUGAAGUACGGGCAACCGGAGAUGAGGAUUUUCAGUCCAGGAAGGACGCAGAGAUGAAGAAGGGAAUGGGGCAAUGAAAUUGAGGGGAUUAAAGAGCAAGCUUUCAGGUGAUGGCACCGACGAAACAGCUUGUUAUCGGCCGGGAAGAAAUGGAGAAAUCUCUCAGAAAGACACUAAAGUUUUAAUAAUAAUAAUAAUAUUUUCGCUUCUCCAAAUUAAAAAAAUAAUAAUAAAAAAAUCAAAGUCCGAAUAAAAAAAAAUGAUGUUUCCCUUUCCCGGGCUUUUUUCAGUACAACUAUUUAACACGAACAAAAAAUAAUAAUUGAAAAAAUAAAAAAUCGCUAAAAUCAUAUAAUGGAAUUGAAGAGAAAAAAUAAAC